GCGCUCAAAUGUUCAUCAAAAUAUUCGAAACACGGCGUGUUCUCAAAACCAACCACAUAGCAAACACAAAUUUUAACGAGGAAAAAGGAUUAUUUAAGUUGGACUUAGUUGCUCUGCCGACAAAGAUUGAAAAACAAUGAUAUCCCCAAAGCACAGAUUAACGACUGAUGGCGAUGAAUCUGAUGGUAAAAAGGCAAAAAUAAACAACCUAGAAUCGCUUGGUCCUUACAUUAGUUCCAAGGAUAAUGCAAAGAAUUUCGUCUAUAUCUCUGAUGUUCCUCAAAUAUGUAAAGAUGAACCUUGUGUGCUUGGAGUUGACGAAGCAGGAAGAGGUCCGGUAUUGGGACCAAUGGUGUACGGAAUAGCGUUCAAUCCCAUAAGCCAGAAGGAUGUACUGAAACAACUGGGAUGUGCCGAUUCAAAGCAACUGACUGAGGAAAAGCGUGAGCUCAUAUUCGACGAUAUCAAUCAGAAGGAUUAUGCUGUGGCAAGUGUUGGCUGGGCGGUGGAGGUCAUUUCACCGAACGAGAUUUCAAUGAGCAUGUUACGGCGUACGAAGCGGUCUUUGAAUGAAGUAUCGAUGGACUCCGCUAUUGGAUUAAUCAAACGCGCAAUCGAAGCCGAGGUUAAUAUCGCAGAAGUGUACGUCGACACGGUGGGACCACCGGAGAAGUACCAGGCUAAGCUGCAGGAGAUUUUUCCUCGUUUCAAAAUCACGGUGGCCAAAAAAGCUGACAGUACCUAUCCGAUCGUAUCGGCGGCCAGUAUUUGCGCUAAAGUGACCAGAGAUCACGCGCUAAAGGUGUGGAAAUUUCGGGAAGGAAUCGAUCCGGACACCAGUUACGGCAGUGGAUAUCCGGGAGAUCAGGUAACGAGAAACUUCCUAAAUCAUUGCGAACUGGUGUUUGGCUUUCCUCGGUUCGUUCGCUUCAGCUGGUCGACGGCAGAAAAAGCCUUGGAGAAGAAAGCAUUCGAUGUGGAAUUCGACGAAGAAGAGGAAGAUCAAGCAAAGGGUAAGGCCACUUAUGGUAGCGAAAAAUUGUCCAAGUAUUUUUCCGCGGAUCGAAACGAUCAGCGAAAGCGCCAUGAGUAUUUCAGAGAGAGAUGUCUGGAUCAUGUUAGUGAGAUUUAAAUGAUUAUAAUUUGAAUAAUUGAAAGGGAAAAAGUUUUGGGAUAAUUUGAAUUGGCUCAACAUUAAGUUGCCGAAGAAUUUACUUAAACAGUUUAUUAAAAUAUUACGUCUGCUUAAACCAUGAAAACUUACAUAUUUUGCCCAGGAAAAUUUUCACGGCUUUGACAAAUUAAUCCACAAAUUAACUAAUCUGUAUUAUUUAGUUAUCAAAUUAUUCUGUGUAAUAACCUAGUUUUCUGGACAACAAAAAUAAUCUGUGCAUGACCUUAAAAUAUUUUAUUUUCGCCAAGUAGACAUAAUGGACUACGGUUAUGACCUGUUGUAAUCGAAUAGUUACAAUUUGCAUGAAAGUUGUAUUAACUGUUAUCAACAAGCAACUAAAAAUUCAAAAACGCAAAUCUGGCUUAUACUUAGUCAUGUAUAGAUCAAGUUUUUCCCAGAACACCAUCAAACUCGCUUUGUCGAGAUGUCGCUUGGUUCGGGAUACGUUGAGCACCGUGACAGCCCAUCGUGCAACGUUUGCAUCCAAUUUCAUUUCAUCGUAUCGCAAAUGGAAGGCAGCAACUGUUGGG